AUGGUUAUUGGGUGGGAGUCAGCUACCCUAAUACAGCUGCAUCUGUUCUUGGAUGCAAGCAUCAUGGCUUUAGGAGUAGUGGCAUACUUGCGGGUCACAGAUCAGUUGGGAAAUGUAUCAUGUAGAUUCAUUAUGGGAAAGGCAAGGGUAGCGCCCUUGAAGGAUGUUUCAGUACCCCGCCUAGAGCUUAGUGCAGCUGUACUAGCCGUAAGACUUGGAACCACAAUUCUGGCCACGAUAGAUUUCAAGGUAGACGAGGUCUAUUAUUGGACAGAUUCAACAACUGUCUUGCGUUAUAUUCGGAAUGAUCAAGCGAGGUACAAAACAUUCGUUGCAAACCGCGUCUCUAUGAUAAGGGAAGGUAGUGAUCAGAAUGAGUGGAGGUACGUUAACUCUGAAUGGAACCCGGCAGAAGAUGCAUCACGCUCCAAGCAGUCUGAAAGGUGGAGAACAGGGCCGGGUUUUUUGCUGAAGGAGGAGUGUUUUUGGCCAGCAGAGCCAGCCCACAUGUCCAACAGUGUGGAAGGACUAGAAGUUAGGCGUGAGAUAGGUCCCAAAAGGGCACAAGACUGCUAA